GGGAGAGUAGCAGAACUAUAUAUCGCACUUUUUAACAGUCGCCGCUGCUUCUAGCAGUCCGUACAAAAUCGCGUAUUCGGCUGAUGGAUUGUUGCCGCUCUGCUCUCGGCCCUUAAACUUGUUUUUUUUCUGUCGUUUCAUGUGUCGUGUGCCCGUUUAGAUAGACGAACGCGUGCGGCGUUACAUGAGCGUUGUCGAUGUGCCAUUGAACUUUUUUUCCAAUUUUCAAGACUUUCAAAAAAUCGUCUUCUUUCUCAAGAGACUCUCAGUUUACUUUAUCUCUUUUUCGUGUGUGGGUGCAGAGAAUAACUUUUGCGCUAACAGGACACCAAUCAUCAGCUGCCGCUUCGCCGCUCAUAAGCUUUAUCUCGUCUUCGAAUGGACAAUCAUUUUUUCAGUCACUAAUUUGAAAACGGGACAUAUUGUUUUCAAGGUUUGAGUUCUCGUGAGACAAAAUAGUGUUGAAAACGCACAGAAUGCCGUCAGGAUUCGCAGUACGCUCGUCGACGAGGCACGUCUUCGAAGAGGACAUAAGAUGGCUCGAGGACAUGCCCGAGGGUGGUGACUUGGAGAAGUAUCGAGCCUCCGCCUCGUUCUCUUGGAAAAGAUUGCGAAUCUUAAUGGAGGAUCCAGACAGAAUUCGUUUCAAGAUGCAAGUGUGGAAAGCGAUGGAAGCCGAUCCGGAAUUUCAUCCCCCAAACGGCAUCACCAAGAGCGCCGACGAGCAGAAGCGACGAGCAGCCAGACAGCUGGCCCGACUGCAUCAUCAAGUAUUUUUACCCGACAACAUCAUCAACCUGAACUACAGCAUCAAGACCGGCUACAUGAUGGCACUGAACGAGGCCACCUGCCUCGUCGACCCGACUCUCUCCGUAAAAAUAGCCAUCGGCAUCUACCUGUUCAGCAACACGAUACUGAGCCUCGGCACCGAGCGCCACUUGCCCAUCUUCCACGACGUCUGGAACAAGAAGCUGCUGGGUUGCUACGCCCUCACCGAGGUCGGUCACGGCAGCAAUACCAAACUGAUGCGCACAACCGCCACCUACGAGCCGGACAGUCGCAGCUUCGUCCUUCAUACGCCGGACUUUCAAGCUGCCAAGUGCUGGGUAGGCAAUCUGGGAAAAACAGCCACCGUGGCGAUCGUGUUCGCGCAGCUCAUCACCAAGAACGAGUGCCACGGUCUGCACGCCUUCAUCGUACCGGUCAGAGAUCCGAAAACGUACUUCACCUAUCCCGGCGUCAUAACCGGCGAUCUGGGCGAAAAGCUCGGCCUCAAUGGAAUCGACAAUGGCUACAUUAUGUUCAAUAACUAUAAAAUACCGAAGGAAAACCUGUUGAAUAGAACGGCCGACGUGACCGACGAUGGUGACUACGAGAGCUCGUUCUCCGAUCCUCAGAGAAUUUUGGGUGCCGUUUUGGAAAAUUUGUCCGCUGGUCGAAUGGGAAUUUGUCAAGAAUCGACCAACAGACUCGGAAAAUCUGUCGUCAUUGCCGUGAGGUAUGCUGCGGUGAGAAAACAGUUCGUCAUGACGCCAUCGAACGAUGUUGCUCAAGAAACCCCAAUUAUCGAGUACGAGCUUCACCAAUGGAGACUUUUCCCCUACAUGGCUGCUGCUUGCGUUAUAAAAAUUUUUAUGUCAGAAUUUACGCACGUAUAUUUAGAUAAUGUACAGAAAUCUAUGGAAGGAGCUAACAUUCCAAAUCUUAGCCAAUUAGUGCCAGAAAUACACAGUAUUGUUUCUGCUAUAAAACCUCUAAUAACGUGGACCUGUCGAGAUUCUAUUAGAGAAUGCAGAGAAGCUUGCGGUGGUCACGGAUAUCAUAAAACCGCUGCCUUGGGUGACAUGGGUGCCAACCAUGAACCUACUGUAUCCUAUGAAGGUGACAAUAAUGUGCUUGUUCAGCAAACCAGUAACUGGAUACUCCGUCAGUGGAACGAGUACAGAAGUGGAUCGACAGCAGUUAGUCCUUUAGCUUCCGUGAGCUUUUUGGCCGACGCUCCUGCCAUAUUGCGCAAGACUUUUGAUUGCAGGAGACAAUCUAGACUAACCAUUGAUUUUGUCCGCGAAGCAUAUGAAUGGUUGAUAACGCGACUUGUAGCAGACACACAACGUCGUUACGAUCAAGAAAUCUCUAGAGGCGCAAGUACUUUCGAAGCUCGAAGCAAAUCUCAGGUUUAUCGAGCCGCUAGUCUCUCUAAGGCUUACGGAGAAUUUAUUAUUUUGCACUAUUGCAUGCUAAGAAUUAACAAGUUGGUACCAAAAGACAAUGAAGCAAAAGGUCUGUCUAAUGUACUUGAUAAAUUAGUGAUGAUGUACUCUUUGACCCGACUUGAAAAACAUAUGGUUACUUUUUAUCAAGGUGGAUAUUGCACUGGUCCGCAAAUGGCAAAUUUAGUUAAAGAAAAUAUUUUGCUUUUGUGUGCCGAAUUAAAACCAGAGGCUGUUGCCAUAGUAGAUGCUUUAGCUCCACCAGAUUUUGUAUUGAAUUCUGUUUUAGGAAUGUCUGACGGAAAAGUAUACGAUCGACUUGAAAAAGCUUUCCGCUGUUAUCCUGGAGGAUCGGAAAGACCAAGUUGGUGGAGUGAAUUAUUAAAUGUAGCUGACAAACCUUUAACUGUACCAGUUUCGAAGCUAUGA